GAACUCUUGUGGUUCACGUUCGGGUGCCCUUCAUUUUUCAAGUAUCGUGUAACCAAUCCCGGCCUGUGGCAUACGCGCAUGUUCUAGUUUCGCUCCCCGCUCAGCUGCAUCCAUAUGCGUGUACUGCAACGUUGACUAAAGAAGAUCCAAGCUCAGAAGGAAACUCCACCAAGACAUCGUGUACGUCAUCAUGGCCGUGAACAUUCCCGGACUCAUCUCCGUCAUCGUGUUCUACAUCCUCAUCCUCGUCAUCGGAAUCAUCGCCGCCAGGAAAAGCAGAAACAGCAGUGCUGAAAACUCGUUCGUGGCCAAUAGAAGCAUCGGACUAUGGCUGUCUUUUUUUACAAUUACUGCCACCAAUAUCGGGGGAGGCUACAUCAAUGGUACAGCGGAAGCCAUGGCAUUCAGUGGCCUCAUCUGGACCAAUGCUCCCAUUUUGUACUGCUUUUCCAUCGUCAUUGCUGGAGUUUUCUACGCGCCUAAAAUGAGGAGAGGAGGAUAUAUCACCAUGUUCGACCCCAUCCAGGCAAAGUUGGGAGAUCGUGCCGGAAGUCUGCUCUUCUUCCCACACCUAAUGGGAGAUGUCUUCUGGACAGCCGCCAUCUUGUCAGCCCUGGGGUCCACCAUGUCCCUUAUCCUGGAUCUGGACCCCGUCUUGUCCAUCAUCGUGUCCACUUGUGUGGCCGUGUUCUACACCUUCAUUGGAGGACUGUACUCUGUGGCCUACACUGAUGUCAUCCAGCUCAUUUGUCUUUGCGUGGGACUGAUCGUGGCAUGUCCGUUUGCCUUCUUCCACCCAUCUGUUGACCUCUCGCGAAUCAAGGACACGUGGCUGGGUGAACUGCCCACAAACAUGAUUGGUUUAUAUGCAGACCUCUGUUGUCAGCUUGUCUUUGGAGGAAUGUCAUGGCAGGUCUUUUACCAAAGAGUGUUGGCUUGCAAGACGCCCAGUAUUGCCCCGACAAGUUCCAUUGUCGCAGCGUUUUGUAGCUUUCUUCUCGCCAUACCCCCAGCAGCUAUCGGAGUAGUCGGGGCAGCAGCAGACUGGAAUGCCACAUCCUACACAGGCGAUAUCCCAAUACCUACUGAAUACCACAGUUUUAUCCUUCCCAUGGUGCUUAACUACCUGUGUCCACUUCCGGUGGCCGUGUUGGGACUUGGUGUGGUGGCUGCUGCUGUCAUGUCAUCUGCCGACUCUUCUGUCCUUUCAAGUGGAACACUGUUUGCAAAGAAUAUCUACAAAGAUGUCCUACGUCCACAGGCCAGUGACCGAGAAGUGAUGUGGGUCUUGAGAGUUGGCAUAGUGGUGACUGGUACGUUGUCGUGCAUCAUUGCCAUCCUGGUGAAGUCAGUUUAUGGACUGUACUACAUGUGUACAGACCUCAUGUACGUCAUCCUCUUCCCCCAACUCACCUGCAUUCUCUGGAUCGGGUUCACCAACACCUACGGCGCGCUCACCGGCUACGCUCUCAGCCUCUUUCUGAGAGUGGCAGCUGGGGACACCCUGCUAGGAAUACCAGCUCUUAUUCAAUUCCCCUUUUACACAGAAGCUUAUGGCCAAUUGUUCCCUUUCAAGACCCUAACGAUGAUAGUCAACUUUGUGGCCAUCAUAUCUGUGUCAGCGUUCACAAGGCUUGUGUUCCGGCGAGGGUGGCUGUCAACCAGAUGGGAUGUGUUUAAUGUGAUGAAGAGAGAAGAGGACGCCAAGAGAGGUGAAGAACGAGGAGAAAGUCUGAUGAUGAAGGAGCGAGAGGGUAGUAACAGAGACCCUGGUUACGAACAGAAUGAAAAGAUGAAACUUAGGGAUAGCCAUUUUCAAUAGCUCAAAAUAAUUACGUUAUUGGUGUACUCCAACAUUAUUAUGUGAUAAUUAUAGUCGGAAUCGUAUACUCGAAUCUGCAGAGAUUUCUUGUGGCUGUGGAAAGGGUUUUGUUGCUUUUAUUUAAUGUACAAUAUCGUUAAGCUGUCGGCAUUCCGAGAACCAACCAAGUGUUCAUUGGGGUAAAAUACGCUUUUUGCCAGGCAUAAGUUCUCGAAAUACCGGCAGCUUAAUGGUACAACCGACACAGUGUACUCUCUGUGUUAAUUGGUGAAAUAAAUGUUACUUUGCUACUUUCUA